AUGGACAACACCUCCACUACCCUUUCCAAUCCAUCUUCUCAAAAGUUGCAUCGUAAAAAAACAAAAAAAACAACAUCAAUUGCGAUUAAGGUUUUAAAGGCACCGUUACGUGCCAUAUGCAAGAUUCGGGACAUGUACAUAUUGGGUAUGUACAAAUGUGCGGCUGGAAUGGGUGAACCAACGAAUGUGUACACAUCAAGUUUGCCAAAAAGCUAUAGCACCACGUCCUCAAGAGCCGACGAUGAUUACGCCGAGCUCAUACGUAUUGCUUCCACUAGAAGUUUGACUAAGUUGGAUCCAGAGUUUCUCCAGCGACAAAAGACGACGGUCGUGGCACGUAGCCAAAGUUUGGCUUUUGGUAGAAUUGAUGAAGACAAGACUUGUGAUUAUUUUGGGGAUGAUUUUAAGUUAAAUAAUUCUGAUCACCAUCAGAUGUUUCCUAGGAGUAAAAGUCAUGCAGCACCACCACUUACAAGAAUGUCUAUCUGA